CCGCCCUUGAAGUUUGAAACAUCGGUCUCUCUGAGACAGUUGUUUGCAUGAACAGUUGAGAAGUGAAGAUGUUCUUGUUCGAGACAAGUACAUAACUAAAUAUCGAGCCAUGCCACCACCACCUCGAGAUUCGCAAGAAGAUCCACAAGGAGCUAGGAUACCGGUCUCUUUCUUGGUAGAACGACUCUCAGAAAACCGAGCAGAACUAACGGACGAGUUGAGCGCAUUGGAGGCCAUCCUAGGCGAGGAGUCAUUCAGCUGCCAGUUCUUGCAAGACGAACAUCACCGACUGCACUCGAUCUCUCUCCUCAUCCAACUGGAUCUCGAUAACCAUCUCGACACUACUUACGAGGACGAGGACGCUGGAGAGGAUGAUACUAGCUUCGAACUGCUCCUCGAGAUCCCAGACGACUAUCCAUCACAAAACGCAGCUCCUCGGCUCACUUUACUGGCUAAAUAUCUGGGCCCAUUCAGCGUCACUGAAGCCUUAUUGGAGUCGAUCCGGAAGGCGUUCGAAGGCAAGUCUGCCGACCAGGCUAUCCUCUACGACGGAAUCGAGAAUGCGAGAGAGAUCCUCUCCGAGUUCUAUCGGACCGGUCAUCAGAACCGACGGGUCGAAGAAACCGCCUCAGAGGAGGAAGUAGUUCCUGGUGGUCAGGUGUUGUUGGCAGGACCGCAGCCAGCCGAACCGGAUGAAAAGGAUCGAAGAUCGGCAGUGGUCGAGGAAGCUUCAGGAGACGGAAAGCAAGAGUUUGCGCCUGUGGUCCAUAGCAGCCAGCCCAUCGUCGAUCGAAAGAGCGUCUUCAUCGGCCAUGCCGUCGCCCUAGAUAACCCAAAGGACGUCCCAAGGAUCCUGCAAUACCUCCUCAAGGAUAAGAAAAUCGCCAAGGCUAGUCAUAAUAUGAUCGCUUGGAGAUGUCUAACCAAUGGCUCUCUUCAUCAAGAUAAUGAUGAUGAUGGCGAGUCGGCAGCCGGAUCACGGAUGCAACAUCUCUUGAACAUCUUGGAUGUGAAGAACGUGUUUGUCUGUGUUAGUCGAUGGUUUGGAGGCGUUCAUUUAGGAUCAGACCGAUUCAAGCACAUCAAUCAAGCCACAAGAGAUGCCCUCCUCGAAGGCCGAUUCAUCCCUACCUCGUCCUCUAAAUCCUCGAGCCCUUCCAAGGCCAGUAGUAUACCUGGUCAACAUGCCCUCUCUUCCGGACCCAAGAAGAAACGGUGAAGGUUUAAUUCCUUCUUCUUGAUACUAUUCAAUCAAGAUCUGCUUUUCGUUUCAAUAUGAUUGGUCGAAUGAGAUUUAUUACUACCCUCUUGAACUUCGUGUCGAUCGGCUUGUUUUGACUGGCUUACAGUUCGAUACGGAUUUUUUUUAGCAGUUGCACAACAGAUAUUCAAGCUCAUGUACAUCUCACUGGGGUUUUUUUCUUGCAGAUCUGCUUGAAUCUGAACCUAUCUGUUCUUUUCCCGUAAGAUAUUCUUCUUGCUUAAAUCUUACGAACUCUUUAAUUAUGCAAAAAUGUAGACGAGAUUCCUGGAAAAUUAGUGAUGCUAUUGUAGUAGUUUCCUUAUUGCAAGUAGCAAUUAAAAG